UUUUUUCCAGAUGACGAUCUUCCUAAUGACCCUUACAUGAACUACUUGCUGUGUCCGCACUUUCACUUUAGUGGGACGUUUCUAGCAGAUGCUCACACUGGUAAUAAUAAAAAUUCCAACUUCAACCCUGAGAAGUUCAACCAAUCCGACAUGUCAUGGAACCCGAAAGGAAGCGGAAUGUGGAGCGUAAGUGCCACUGUGACCGGGAUUUGCUAUACCAACGGGGACUGGGUCGAGUAUGGAGGAGAAGAUAACGCCAACGAUGAUCCAAUAUUGGGAGCUCCUGUACUGGGUAAGAAGGGCCCUAGGAACUUACUGUAUGGAUUGUGAGAUUCACACUGAUUCACAGCGUAACAUUAAACAAGAUUCAUCAUCAUGCAUGGAGGACAAAUGUCUCCCAUAUUCGAUAGAUACCCAAAAUAAUCAGUUUAAUAAUGAGUACUGAAAUUUUAAUUACAAAGAAAGAACAACCGUUCUUAUGCCACAAGUUGAUGGAAUGUUGUUGCAAACAAUUCAAUUCUGGCCUCCGGGGGGGUACCCGUUUUUUUUCCUUAUAAGAUACUAAUAUAUCUAAAAUGCACUUGAAAUUACCUUGAAACGGAAUACCAUUUACCCAAAAACAGUUUGUCAGGGCACUGAGACUCCUAGUCUUCCUUGCAGCCGUUUUUAGUGUCGCCACGCAAUGCUCCUCCCCACAACUUUAUUGAUGUUUCCGGGGAGGAGCGUUGCGUGACGAUACUAAAUGGCUGCGAGGGAAACUGUGAGUCUCCAGUCCGUCCAACCUUUUAUAACUUUAUAAAUCGGAAUAUUUUUAAAGACAGGCUAAUGAUAUGAGUGUCAAAGACAAGGCAAGACAAUAUAUAUAUUUAGUAAAAUCAAACUAGUUGUCUAUUAUCAAUGCUGCGUUCUGAUUGGUUGAGCUACUACUAGGCUACUUGUUAUAGCCCACUAGUAGCAAAAAGCUCCGGCCUUGAAAACCGAAACAAUGGCAGCUGAAUCGCGUUUUGAUAGCUAAAGUUGUUUUGCCUUGACAUUUUUGAUCAACUAGUUUGACUUACUAAAAACUAUUUUUCCUCUCGCCCUCGUGGCCUCUUAGUCAAUAGCCCACUCGGGUUGUUGACUCAAAGCCCAUUCGGGCUCGAGGAGUAAUUGCUAUAAAGCUAUUCAAAUGAAGAAAAGUUUCGGAAAUGUUCAAUGUGGCCAGUAUUGAAAUACUUAUAAAAAGAAUCUUUUAUUAAAGUCAGUGUAAGAUUAAGAAAAUUUCUAGUACCAAACUGCUUUUCUUAUUCGUCAGAUGGUGGGAACAAGACGUCUGCAAAGCUGGUAGACCUGGACACUGAGGUUGAAUUGUAUUAUUGUGAAAUGUGGGGUUGGAGAAUUCGAAUAGGGGAUUUGUUUUCCGCUGAUUAUACUCCAAUACCACCUCAGUACCUGUGGAAGAAAAAGAUUGCCAAAGAAGGGGAGAAAACUAAUAGUACUGCUUUUGGUGUAGCUUAUCAGUCGGUGCUAUCAAACAUUUCAUGGAUAGACAAUGAAAACGGCUCCCCGUUUAUCCAGAAGCUUCAAAGGGCGAUGAGCCAAGAUAACAUUUCCAGCAAAGAUCUUUCUAUACGUUUCAAUCUUGAUAUGUACGAGACCUAUUCAAGAAAAAACACCUUUACAACGGGACGCAUAACG